AUGUAUACUCUUUAUUUAAGAUGCAGAAAUACAGAGCACCAAUCAACUUUAUUCGUGAAGCAUUUUUUACUAAUACAGAAUCAAAUUGAGAAUCAUUUCAAAAAUAUAACAUGUCUUAUAUGCAAACUAAUUUUGGAUAAAAUAGUUCUCAUAUAUAUCCUCUAAGGUAAAUAGACUAUCAGCAACCUUAUCUAGAUCAAUAAUUCUGUAACUAUUCCCUCCUAAAAACUCAAAGAAAGUUUUGAAAGAUUUAUUCUUCACAAAUUCAGAAUAAUUUUAGUAAAAUAUUGGUAGUUUAAAUAAUUUUAAAUGUCCAUUUUUGGUUGUCAAAUAGCCAUUUAAAAUAAAUAACUUCAACCUAUUGAAUUUGCACUUUAAAAGUAGAACAUCGAAAAGAAUAUAUAUUAAUAAGGGGCAUAUUCUGAUUAUUUAGGUAGAAAUCAUAUUAAUUAUGUGGAGUAAAUGAAAAUUCUAACCUCACAUUUAAAACAUCCUUUUUUGCAGAAAAACUUGUUAUGA